CACAGCGCGGAGCGGCGCGGGCUGAGGGCGGCAGCGCUUCUUCCCUCCGAACAAAGACUCUCAUCGCCUUUUUGGGCUCAAAUCAGCCCUUUUUAGGAACGUCUCUUCCAAAAAUAGCCUCUUGGUGGCUCGACUCGGCCUGUUUGAGGACUUUUUUCCUCCUAAAAUCACUUUUUUGGGCUGAAAUCAGCCUCUUUGAGGACUUUUUGCGCGCUGAGCUCGCCUGGUGUGGCUCCACUCAGGCUGCCUCAGGGACUCCUUUUCCUAAAACCACCUCUUUUGGGCUCAAAUCAGCCUGGUUAAGGACUUUUUGUUGGCUAAAGUUGACUUUUUUGGCUCCAGUCAGCCUGGUUAAGGACUUUGUUUGCUAAAAUUGCCUUUUUUUGCCUCAUAUCAGGCUGUUCAAGGACUUUCUGCUUACUAAAAAUAGCCUUUCUUGGCUCAAAUUGGCCUGUUUGAGAGACUUUUUCUCCCUAAUAUUGCCUUUUCUGGCUCAAAUUAGCCGCUUUAGGGAUUUUUUUCCCUUUUUUUUUGGCUCAAAUCAGCCUGUUUUAAAGACUUUUUUUUCCCCAAAAAUCGCCUUUUUUUUUUUUUGGCUCAAAUUAGUUUUAAGGACUUUGUUCCUGAGGGAAAAGCCUGCAGAGGUCCUGCCCUGUGCAGCCUCUCUUGAUUCCCAAGCGCAAAGCCCCUCGUUGCCUUCAGCCAUGGUGAUGUUCAAGAAGGUGAAGACCUUCUUGAUGGCCUUCAGCGAGCCCGAGAAGGUCUACUGCAGCGGGGAGAAGGUGGCCGGGCGCGUGGUGGUGGAGGUGGCCGAAGUCACCCGCGUCAACGCCGUCAAGGUGCUGGCGUGCGGGGUGGCCAGGGUCAACUGGGCCAAGGGACCCCAGCAGUGCAAGCAGGAGAUGGAGUACCUGCGCUUCGAGGAUGUCCUCAGCCUAGAGGAGCAGCCCACGGAUGGGGACGGCUCUGUAAUCCUGAGACCCGGCAACAAAUACGAGUACAAAUUCGGAUUCGAGCUUCCCCAGGGCCCUCUGGGAACCUCCUUCAAGGGAAAGUACGGCUGUGUGGAUUAUUGGGUGAAAGCCUUCCUGGAGCGCCCGUCCUAUCCCACUCAGGAGAUAAAGAAGCACUUUGAGGUGAUGGAUCCUGUUGACGUGAACACUCCGGAAUUGCUGUCCCCGGUUGCUGCCAAGAAGGAGAAGAAGGUGUCCUGCAUGUUCAUUCCCGAUGGACGCGUCUCCGUCAGCGCUCAGAUCGACAGGAAGGGGUUCUGCGAAGGCGAUGAGAUCUGCAUCAACGCCGACUUCGAGAACACGUGCUCGCGCAUCGUGGUGCCGAAGGCCGCCAUCGUGGCCAAGCACACCUACCUGGCCAAUGGGCAGACCAAAGUCUUCACCCAGAAACUCUCCUGUGUCCGGGGAAACCACAUCAUCUCCGGCAUGUCCGACUCCUGGCGCGGCAAAACCAUCCGCGUCAAGAAGCUCAAACCCUCCAUCCUGGGCUGCAACAUCCUGCGCGUCGAAUAUUUCCUGCAGAUCUACGUCAGUGUCCCGGGCUCCAAGAAGAUCAUCCUGGAGCUGCCCCUCGUCAUCGGCAGCCGCUCGGGCAUCGGCAGCCGCAGCUCCAGCAUGGCCAGCCAGGCCAGCUCCGAGAUGAGUUGGGUGGAUCUGAACCUUCCCGAUGCUCCGGAAGCGCCCCCGUGCUACCUGGAUAUCGUUCCGGAAGACCAUCGCUUGGAGAGCCCCACCACUCCGCUCUUGGAUGACUCCGAUGGCUUUGACAGCCCCAUCUUCAUGUACGCGCCGGAGUUCAAGUUCAUGCCACCACCCACCUACACAGAGGUGGAUCCGUGUGUCGCCAACAACAACGUGCAGUGAGUGCCGAGGGUGGGAAGUGAAGGCUCCCACUUUUCCUGGACUCUGGAUCCGCCGUGGCGGACGCCUCACGGCCUUCGUUCCGAGGCCUCUCGGAGAGCCGGCUCCUCGGCAGCUCCCGUUGAAGAGGUGAUGGACUGUCUUGAGCCCGUGUUCCCUCGCGUGCCGAGCAUCCGCUUGGACCUUGCUGACAGCCAAAGGCUUCCAGAAAACCAAACUACCAAGGUGCUUCUCUGGAAUGGGGUGGGAGAGCCUGGAAGUGGAGCAGGGGAGGUGGAUUCCUUGGGAGAGGCAGAUUCCAGCUGAAAAAAGACUCUUAAAAAGGAAAUAGCCAUCCCAAAGCCUUCGCUCCGUUGCGCCAGGGCCGGACACGACCUGUUCCUGCCUUUUGGUUCCCUGUGGACGCACCGGAGCGUGCGGAGAUGGGAACUGAACUGGUUUCUUUCCGUCCCGCUGUCGCCGCCUGCUCUCCGCCUCGAUGCCGGGAUGGAGGGCGAUGCGUGGCGGCUCCGUCCGGCUUCUCGGCAAAGCGCCGCUCGGUCGCGUUCGCUUCCCCGAUCUCCACGGGGAAGCUCAGCUCCGCGUCGGAGCCGGUUUGUGUGCUGUGACAUCCGUAGCGCUCCUGGAUUUCCUCAACCCCCUGAGCCCGUGGAAGCAGACGCUCCCGUGGGAUGGAGGAAUCCCUAAAACCGCCCUGAGUGCUCCCGAUUCCCAUCGGCGCUUCCCUGAUCCAGGGGAUCCUGCGGGACCGAGUGUUCCCGCUGCCCCAGCAGAAUUCCGCGCCCGUUCCCUGACCAAAGCGUCCCCGCGCGGUGCCAAAGGGUGGGAAGGGGCUCCGCAGCAGCGUUGGCUCUUCCUAGGGCGAGGGCUUCACCUGGAAAGAGUUUUCCAAUCCUUCCGCCGGCCUCCGACUGUUGUAGCUGCAAAUCCAGUUGGGAAUUGC